AUGUCGUUGGAGGAGAACAAAAAACGUAUCGCCGAGUCUGCCACAGAUGACUCACCCAAGCGAAGAAGAAGGGCGUUGGAUGAGCUAAGCGAAGAAGGUCCCUUGACGCAAAAGGAUGUGAUUUACUUCCAGAAGGAAGCUAUCUGGCGACAGAUGAACCAUUACAAGCAAAAGUCUGUCCAGCUCAACGACCGAGUCAACAGAUACGCCAAACAGUGCAAGGUCAAUGAGGCCCGUGCUGCUAUUUUGAAUGCAUGGUACGACGAACUUGUAUUGUUGCUUAAAGCCAAAGUUGGCACCGUCUCGGAUGUGAAUCAAGAUCUCUUGGCUGACUUGCCGGAGGGAGAUGAAGAAGCCAACGAGGUGCUACAGCAGAGACGAUCCCAGCUUCUAGAGUUGUUGACCCCGGUGUUGCUGUCCCAUUCCGGUCUGUCGAAUUCCAUGAUGGAGAAGAAGCUAGAGGUGUUGAUCAAGGACCUCUCCACUCUCAAAGCACAGAAACUGAGCGUUGCCAAGGAAAAUGAGUUGCUAAACGGCACAAUCACCAAGUUGAACCAAGACCUCGAGGACCUUAUCAAACACCAGGAACGAUUGUCUUCCAAGACUCUUAAUAGAAUCAGCGAAUCUCACGGUAGAGAUUCUGAGUCUACUCAGAGCGACGCAAAUGGCUCCAAGCCCGACACCUCCAAGCCCGACGCCUCCAAGCCUGCUCAAACUAUCAACAACGAGGAGCUUGAGCAGCUUACCAUCCAGCUCAACGAGCAUAAGGCCCUCAACACAAGUUUGCAAAAGCAACUUAACGACCAAUUGAGCAGUAUCACCGCCAUUACCAAUGAAAAUAAGCAGUUGCAACUCAAAAUUGCGGACCCUUCCGACGAUGACAUUACAAAGACAGGCAUUUUUCAAACUUUACAGAAGCAGGUUGCCGUCACGAGCGCUGCGUCCGUCGAAACCCGCGAUAUCAACGAGUCCCUCAUCAAGGAGAUCCAGGGGUUAGAGAGCGAAAGAUCCAAGUUCAGAACAGACCUAAGGGCUGUGAUGGAGAAGGAGCUACGCGAGAUGAAGGAAUCGAUGGGGAAGAGCGACACUGACUUGACCAGAAUCAGAACCAUAAGGGAUGACUUGUUGGCACAGAUCGCAAUCUUGAAGGCGAACAAGACAAACAAAGAAGUCAUGGAGGGCUACAAUACCGUGAUCGAAGCGCAAAAGACACGCAUAGCCGAGCUUGAAGCCAACCCGAACGUGUACCGCAAAGAGCUCUUGCAAAAGUUGGACCCUGUGGAUGAGUCCGUUACCAGAGAGCUGUUAAUUCUGAAGAACAACCUCCUUGUGGCUGAGUUGAAGGAAUUGGAGGUUGCCUUCAAGAAUGUGCAUAGUUUAUCUCUCAAGAAGAUUGCCUCCUUAGCCGAUGCCGACUCCAUGGUUAACAAGCUCAAUGUGGAAAAGUCCAAGGCCGAUCAGAAAUACUUUUCGGCGAUGCGAGCUAAGGAUGCGCUAUCCAGCGAGAAUAAAACCCUUAAGCAACAGAUUAGUGCCACCAGAGAUUUUAUCACCCAGUUGAAGGAGAUUGAGAAGGCUCACCUAUUGAAGAUUGAGUUGUUAGAGGCCACAAACAAAGACUUGAAGGCGACCUACCGUAACUCUGUCGAGGACGCUAUUGCAAAGGAUCACAAGUUGACGGCCAGCCAUGCCAAGACUUCCGAGUUGGCUGCAAAGUACAAAGACUUGCAGAUCAGGCAGCUUGCGGAGGGUGACAAGUCUAUCCGUGAACUUCAGUUGAAAAAUGAGUUGGAAAACGAAGCGGCCAAGUUGAAGUCAAAGGUCUCUUCGUUGGAGUCCUUGCUUAGCAAGUACAAGGCCCAUGUAUCCAACAGUGCUUCUGGGAUCCCCUUUGAUGAGGAUCAGAAGACCGUCGAGGCGUUAAGAGCGUUGGCUAAGUGCUCAGUAUGCUCCAAAAACUGGAAGGAUACGGCCAUCACCGUGUGUGGGCAUGUCUUCUGCAGCGAGUGCGCCGAUGAUAGAAUCAAGUCCAGAAUGAGAAAGUGCCCGUCGUGCAAUAAGCAGUUUUCUGUGAACGACUUGUUGACCAUUCAUUUGUGA